AGUGCGCACAUCAACCUCUCAGCGAGAAACACCUCUUGCGUCUGUGAGCUCACGACAAAAGUAAUACUCAAAUAAUAACAACUUACCAGAAAUGGCCACGAGUGUGAAGUGGAGGUUGAAGCGUUAUGGGCGUUUUAUUCCAGGAAAGGAUGAGACCACCACGGGGGAACCAUGGAAGACAUUUGAAGCAAAGAAAAACGAACCAGAAAUUAUCCUCACAAUUGUGGACUACGGAUACUUGAUGGUCUUGCAUGGACAGCAAUGCUUGGAGACAAUUCCUUUGCACAGUGCCAGCGAUUUUCUCAAAGUCCAUCAAAAAUCUGACAAUCUGAUGAUUCGACAUACUAUAAAGGGAGCGAGCCGCCUGAUCAGGAUGCAGUUUGAUGGAAGUAACAAGGCGCAGGCCAUCAAAGAGUGCUCGAGUGCUGCAGAGCGACUCAGAGAGCAUGUGCCCGUCGGCACUCAAGACGACACCCUGUCGUCAAAUAAUCAGCCCCCCGCGGAUGACCCUGCGCCGGGGACACAGGGUGAGGCCGCUGGAGGCGAACCUGAGGUUGUCCAUGAAGGAUCGCUGUCCAUUCAGCGUCUUACCCAGCACCUGCUGGGAGAGACCCCGCUGACGCUGCCUCAACUCUACCGCCAAGCCUCCUGGGAACAUGGUGACCUGGAGGCCCUGCUACGCGUUUGUUUGCUGGAUCCCAGCUUCCAUGCUUUGGUAGAGCAGGUUGAGGGCGAACUGAAGAAAAUACUUGAAGAGUGAAUCAUCUCGACAACUGAAGGCAGAGAGGGGUCAAGUCAGCGCUGCUCUUUUGUGUUUGUUUUUUUUCCACGCCGUUUGCUACGUAGGUGUUAACUUGCCGAGCUGCCAGCGUUGACUGGGUGGGUUGUGGUCGUGCGUUAGCGCUCUCGAAGUUCCUAAUUAUGUUAAAUUCACACGACUUAACAAAAAAACACAGCAAACAUUUUUUCAUGUUUUUAUUCAGAAAAAAAAUAUUGGUCUUAAUCAUAUGUUUGAUCGUGGCUAUAUACUCUGGUCCAUCUGCUCCCACGUUAAUGCAGGUCCAUUCCCACCGCAACACACAUCAGUACAUUGUAUUGAAAGGAGGAGUCAUGCAGCUACAGCAGUUAAUUUUGCUAUGCCAGCUUCCAAGGGGUCCCACAAUAUUAAAGCUCGACUGAUUAAAACAAACUGCCCUCCAUUUAUCUAUUCAAGAAUACAUUUUGCAUAGGAUUAUAGCCAUGCUAUAUAGUCGGAGAAAAUAAAAAAUACAAAUCAAUUAAAUUAGGAAAUAUAAAAAAAAAAAAAAAAA